AUGGUCUUUGCACGCCGUUCAAUCUUCCGUGCCGCGACUGCAGCUCAGUCCUUCCGUGCCGCUCCCAUUGCACGCCAGUCUGCCCAGCUCCUCGCUCGCCGAUUCAAGUCCACUGGUGGCAGCUAUGAAAAAGGGCCUACAUCCAGCGACUUACCUUGGUUGGCGGCCUCUGCUGCUGUGACCGUUCCAAUGGUAUUUUAUCUCUGGCCUUCCGGUUCGGAGGGACACCACGACGCUCACGGGGACGCUCACGGCGCCGAACACAAGGACGAACACGCGGAAAAGGACAGCGAGGUAGAGGAGGCUUCCAAGGAGAAGCCUGACGAGCCUUCCUCCGAGGCGGUGCCAGAAAAGGAGGAGAAGACGGAGACUGAGGACAAGGGCGAGGAAAAGUCGGAUAAGAAGGAAGAGCCCGAGGAAAAGAAAGAGUCCAAGGAGGAAGACCAGGACGAGAAGCCCAAGGAUUAUGACACUAAGAAGGAAAGCAAUGACGACAAGAAAGAUGACUCCAAGGAGGAAGAGCCCAAUAAGGAAGAGCCCAAGAAGGAAGAGCCCAAGAAGGAAGAGCCCAAGAAGGAUGAAUCCAAGGAGGAUGCUGGAAAGAGUGAGAGCAAUGAUGGCGAGUCCAAGAACUGA